CCCCGGACGCCAGCUCCCUGCGGCUGUGCCGGGCAGAGGCGUUCGCGGCGCUGGGGCAGCACCCACGGGCGCUGGAGGACCUGGAUGCUGUGUGCAGGGCUGAGCCUGGAGAGCAUGAGGGCUUCUUCAGGAAAGGGAAGGUGCUUCUGGAGAUGGGACAGAGAGCCGAAGCCCUGCUGGCGUGGGAACACUGCCUGACACUCAGUCCUCAUUUCCACCCUGCUCGGAAAGAGAUGGAGAAGAUCCUCAUGCGAGAGGAUGCUCCUCAGCCGUGCAUGGCUGCUGCACGCCUGGGUGAUGCUCACCAGGGCUCUGCUGGUCCCCAGGUCGAUGGAGGGAGCCCUGCACUCCCACUGUCUUCUGCAGAAGCUCAGGAUGAAUUUGGCAGGUUUGAAGAGAGCGGAAAAUUGGAGAAAAUGGGCUCAGAUACACCCAAAUACCAUGUGGUACAUCUAGAGAGAAUGCAAGAUGCUGAUAUACAGCAACACACCAGAAAGCCUGCUGAUGUCAUCGGGCUUGGCAACGAAGAGGAAACAGCAGCAGCAAAGUGUACCCAACUGUGCCUCGGGGAGCUGCUGAGCGUGUCUGACUUGGAGUGCUCCCUCUGCAUACGGAUGUUCUUUGAGCCGGUGACAACGCCGUGUGGGCACACCUUCUGCAAGGAGUGCCUCGAACGCUGCCUGGACCACCGGCCCAACUGCCCUCUCUGCAAACAGAGCCUGAGAGAGUACCUGAAGGCUGGAAGCUACAGCCCCACCACGCUGCUGCAGGACAUCAUGCUGGCCAGCUUCCCUGCACAGCUGGCCGAGCGGCGGGAGCUGCACCGGGCUGAGAUGGCAGAGCUCUCCAACCUGACCAAGAACAUCCCCAUCUUCGUAUGCACAAUGUCCUUCCCAGGCAUCGCCUGCCCUCUGCACAUCUUUGAGCCUCGCUACCGCCUCAUGAUCCGGCGCUGCCAGGAGACCGGCACGAGGAGGUUUGGCAUGUGUAUAUAUGAGAAUGGGAAAAGUUUUGCUGACUACGGCUGCAUGCUGGAGAUCCGGCAGAUCGAGCUGCUGGCAGAUGGGAGGUCCUUGGUGGACACCAUCGGCCGGCGGCGGUUCCGGGUGCUGAGCCGCGGCCACAGGGACGGCUACAACACCGCCGACAUCGAGUACCUGGAGGACAAGAAGGUGACUGGGGAGGAGCUGGAGGAGCUGCAGUGCCUGCACGAAAGCACCUACCGCUUGGCUCAGCGGUUCUGUGAGCACAGGGACCUUACCUCCAGGCACAUUUUCAUGCAGCAUGGACCGCUGCCGGAGAAGGAAGAGGACAUCCAGGCUUCGGCAGAUGGCCCGACGUGGUGCUGGUGGCUCAUCUCCAUCCUCCCACUUGACCCGUACUACCAGCUGAACCUCUUCUCCACCACCUCCCUGCGUGCCCGCCUUACCCAGCUGCAGCGCAUCCUCACCGCCCUGCUGCAGCAGCCCCCCGCCGGGCACCCACUGCCCCAGCACAGCUCCCGGGGUCGUGUCUGA